AUCAAGUGCGGGGAGGGAAAGAGGCGGCCUGUGACGUCGGCGGGGGCUGCCCCUGGGCAAAAGCGGAGAGGCAGCAGCAGGAGCAGCAGCAGAGGAACCUGCCUUCUCAGCGCGUCCCCUCAUCCUUGCAGACAUGGAGAGCGCAGGCGUGGGAGCCGACUUCAACAUCCUCCUGGCCACGGACUCCUACAAGGUGACACAUUAUAAACAGUAUCCACCCAACACAAGCAAAGUUUAUUCCUACUUUGAAUGCCGUGAAAAGAAGACGGAGAACUCAAAAUUUAGGAAGGUGAAAUAUGAGGAAACUGUUUUUUACGGGUUGCAGUACAUUCUUAAUAAAUACUUAAAAGGUAAAGUGGUUACCAAAGAAAAAAUUCAGGAAGCCAAAGAAGUAUACAAGGAACAUUUUCAAGAUGAUGUCUUCAAUGAAACAGGAUGGAACUACAUUCUUGAGAAAUACGAAGGGUGUCUUCCCAUCGAAAUAAAGGCUGUUCCUGAGGGUGCUGUCAUUCCCAGAGGAAAUGUACUCUUUACUGUUGAAAACACUGAUCCAGACUGUUAUUGGCUUACAAACUGGAUUGAGACUAUUCUUGUUCAGUCAUGGUAUCCAAUUACAGUAGCAACAAACUCCAGAGAACAAAAGAAGAUCUUGGCAAAAUACCUUUUAGAAACCUCGGGCAGUUUAGAAGGAUUAGAGUACAAACUACACGAUUUUGGUUACAGAGGAGUCUCUUCACAAGAGACUGCGGGAAUAGGAGCUUCUGCCCAUUUGGUGAACUUCAAAGGCACUGAUACAGUAGCAGGAAUUGGCUUAAUCAAGAAAUAUUAUGGAACAAAAGACCCUGUCCCAGGCUACUCUGUCCCAGCUGCUGAGCACAGUACUAUAACAGCCUGGGGGAAAGACCAUGAAAGAGAUGCUUUUGAACACAUUGUGACACAGUUUUCUUCAGUGCCUGUAUCUGUGGUCAGUGACAGUUAUGACAUUUACAACGCUUGUGAAAAAUUAUGGGGUGAAGAUUUAAGGCAUUUAAUUGAAACAAGAAGUGCAGAAGCUCCGCUCAUUAUUAGGCCGGAUUCAGGAAAUCCUCUUGAUACUGUGCUAAAGGUUUUGGACAUUUUAGGAAAGAAGUUCCCCAUCACAGAAAAUGCAAAAGGCUAUAAAGUGUUGCCUCCUUACCUCAGAAUUAUUCAAGGAGAUGGUGUAGAUAUCAACACGUUGCAAGAGAUGGUGGAAGGAAUGAAAAAAGAGAAGUGGAGUAUUGAAAAUAUUGCCUUUGGGUCAGGUGGAGCUUUAUUGCAAAAGCUGACCAGAGAUCUCCUGAAUUGCUCCUUCAAAUGCAGUUACGUGGUCACAAAUGGCCUUGGGGUAAAUGUCUUCAAAGAUCCUGUAGCUGAUCCUAACAAAAGAUCAAAGAAAGGCAGGUUAUCCUUACACAGAACACCAAAUGGAGACUUUGUCACACUAGAAGAAGGCAAGGGAGAUCUUGAAGAAUAUGGACAGGAUCUUCUUCAUACGGUGUUUAAGAACGGAGUAGUAACGAAGUCUUAUUCAUUUGAUGAAGUAAGAAAAAAUGCCAGGCUGAAGACUAGUGAACUGACAGUGUCAUCUCACUAAAGUUUCAUUCCGUGUUUGUAUAUGUGUAACAAUUAUGUACUGCUAAUUGUUUCUUGUAGAGAUCUGUGUGUUUGUGUUUGCCACAUUAUAGCCAAAUUAUUUGUUGGUUUAUGGACAUCAGUGCCCUUUCUUUUCUUUUUUUUUUUUCCUUUUUGUCUUUCAAAGAGAUUAAAUUGAGGAAAUAAUUGCAAUUUAAAAUAGUGUGCUUUUAGGGACCCUUUGCCAGUAGCGAUUCAAUCUGGUAUUGAUCUCCUUAUUAAUGAGACUGAGCUGAGACUUUUUAUAUAUAUAUAGUAGCAUACCACAAAACAGAUUUGCAUAAAAGUAUCAUUGCUUUAUGUUUAUAUUUAACUUGUAUUUUUGUACAAAUAAGAUUGUGUAAAAUAUAUUUAAAGUUUCAAUAAUUACGUCUUUCCAACUUUUCAUGAUUUUUAUGAGCACAGACUUUCAAGAAAUAUUUGGGGAAUGGGAAUUCAUUGCCUUUGUGUCCAUUUAUCAGCAAAUAAAACACGGCCUUAAGUUUUAUUGUGAAAACUGUAGUAUUUGGAAGUUUUAAUCAGGAUUAUUUCCUCACGUCCCACAGAAGAACAAACCUCAUUGUUCAUUGUAUUUAUCUGUCAUUUGACAAAUAGCUUGUCGUUGACAGUGGUCUUGUCAUUUGAUAGUUAUCUGUUGUUUGACAGGUAAACUUCUGUUCUUUCUGUAAUAGUGAGGUUCUAUAAAUCAGAGUAUAUAAAUGCAUUGGUCUUGCUAGAAAGCAAGAUAUAUAAAUGUAAUGCCAAAUGCGGAUGGACUUUUUAUUGCAGCAAGCAUUGUCAAGUGUUUGUUUAUAUUCCAAGAGCCAAGGCUCCAUUAUGGUGUGUGUCCACCUGGGUAUAAAUCCCAUUCCAACCAAUGGGACUCAUUUCCGAACAAACGUACAGAAGAGUUGGUUGUAAAAAUAAAGAAUUCCCUUCUGCUGCAGAGUAUGUAUAUGUAAAAUAUGGACAGGAAUGGAAGUGGUAUAUUAAAAGAAAAACACUUCUGGGUUUAUUUUUCCAUAUAUUGUGACAAAUUUCAAAACAAAAGAUUUGACUGAUUAGUGCACUUUUUACCUUUUUUGUAUUUUGGUCAUUGAGUUUGCCUUUUUGUCAAAUUUGAUGUUAAAUUGUAUAGACGUCUUACCUAUUUUUUUUUUGUUAAACGACUUUAAUAAAACAUUCUACUAGCCAAACACCUUUUACAUUGGUAGCCUCCCCUAUAGGGGACACUAUGCAGAAGUUAGCUAUUUUAAAAACGUCAAGAGUAAUGAAGGUACUUUGUCCAUGACUGCACUUGAUUCACUUUUUACUGAAGUGUGCUUACUAAAGAGCAAGUUGGUUAGUGAAUGACUUGACAGGCUGCAUCGAGUUCUCAGGUGUACAGGCGUAUUUCAGGAUGGUUGCUAGAAGACAAGGACCUUGUCAGCCUUUUUAGAGGAGGCAGUAUGUUUUGUUCAUUAGCUAUAUAAAGGGGUAGGUGGGAUAUAAGGUGGGUUUAAACAAUUAUCUUGGGAAUGGUUCCGAAGAACUCUAACAAAAGGAGUAAACCAAGUUAAUAUGUUUCUAAAAGUGUUAAAAAGCCAUAUUUCAAUGUUCUGCAAUGAAACGUAUUCAGUUGUCCAGAUGUGGUAAGCCACAUGUUUCCAGUCUUAAUUGUUUAAUUUGUUUAAUGGGGUUCUGCUGUUUUAUGUGAUUAUUCACAGAAUGAAUGUAUUAUGAUCAAAAGCAGUGGUUUGAAUAAUUUAAGUAGUGAUGGUUAUGCACAGAAUUCACAUUGUGGAUAUCCUUUUCCUGAUAAACACAAUAGGCUUGUCUUCAGGUUAAAAUUCAGCAAGGCUUUUUACCUGUUCCACACAAUGUACUAAGAACUGUCUGAGAAGCAGCAGUAUCACAAAGUCUAGUAAGAUAUUUUUUCUUAAUUUAUAUUUCUGUAUGUGAAGGCUUUGGGGAAAAAAGCUGUUAUGCACUAUGAAUUCCCUGACAUGAAUGUUAUGGGUUCUAGAUAUUUCUGGGGAGUGAAAGCAAAUUAAAACUCUCUAUGAA